UUUUUCAGUAUAAAAGUUUGGCAGGUGUGCAUUGUAUGGGCUAUGCUAGAGGAAAGUCACCAAUUUGUGACUGGCAAGCACUUAUAGAGGAGCACUUAUAGAGACAAUCGCACUUGUGGACUAUUGGAUUUUGUUAAUUUUAUGUAUCAGUAAUGAGAGUUGAAUUUUAUGGCUUUCUUGACCCAGAGCACUUGAAGAAAUUUAGACAGUUGCUCAGAGAGACAUUUGGAUUUUGUGAAGUUAGUGAAUAAGUGUGCAAUUUAAAAACCAUGAACACAGAAAAAUUAACUUUUAAAACAUUUUUUAAGUUUGUAACAGGAUGGUAUUUUGUGUUUGAACAUUACAUAUUGCAAACAGAGAGGCCAAUGCAGUAAAAUGGACCGAAUCAAACCAGAGAGGGAGCCACGGCAACGUGUACAGAAAAUAUGGCGCAAUGUUCGCUGGGCAGAGUCCUUCCCAGAUGACGCCUUAACAGUUGACGUAAACGACAUCACGCCAACUUACGCUUUACGAAAAGUGGCACAGUUGUUUGAAACAAAAAAAUAUGGAGAAUGUGCUUUGUUGAUUCGCCGUUUGAACUGUGUGACAUUAAGCAGUAUUCUACAUGAAGUUCCAAUCGAUGUUUUGCACGAUUCCUUGCCUCAUAGUCUUACGAUUUUAGAAGCUUUGUACACAAAACUGUUUGAAACAUGUGAAAAUCCGGAAGAGUUUCCAAAAGAGGAUUUACAGACAGAUCAGUUCUUAAUGAAACUUGUUGCUUUGUUUGCACAACAGUCAAAUCUGAACAAUAAACAUGAAAAGAAUUCCAACAGUGUGUACCCGUCUUGCCGAAGUAUUCUGCGAGUGAUUCUCUGGGUAGAACCAAACACUAGGCGACAGAUGCGCACAAAGAAACGCGAACUCGAUAAAUGUCUGCGGCACUUGGGUCGCCAUGGAUUGGUGGAGAGUUCAGAAGGAUCUUUGAUGAAUCUUCAUGAUGCGUUCAAGAUCGAAUUCGAGAAAGUCGUCUUCCAGUAUCGUAGCGCAUUGCAUAAACUUGAAGAGUUGAAUCUGUCAGCCAAGAAUCCAACAGGAAGCUCAGUGAUAUGGGGUCCUGCCCCUUCGUCCUCCAGUCAUCACCGACUGAUGCAAAUCUACCGCGAUGACGUGCAGGAGCGAAUAAUCAAGAAUAGAACGUUGUAUAAUCUUGUCGAGCCUGCAAUUCAGAACCAGUAUCUGAAGAAGUUCAUUAAUAUUCUGGAGAAACGAAUCGAGUAUGAUAAAAUUGUUCUGUUUUACGACACAGAGAUGAAGAAAAUUGUGAAGACAGAAACCAGUGAGAAUAAGUUCCUGUCUGUCAGUCUGAAAGAGUCAUCAAUGGGAUACGGAGUGGUGUUGCAGCUUCUAAGGGAGGUAACAGAUGAAGACAUUCUCACGGAGGAGGAGGAGGAAGAUGGGCCGGUGGUAUUCAGUGACGAUGAGACCAUAUCUCCCCUCAUGCACAAGGAUAGAGUCAGAAGUCUGUCCAGCAGUAGUGGAAUCUUCUCCAACAAAUCUUUGUCAGGCACAAGGCCCUCAAUUAUUCACAUCGGACAGACGUUUCGCCAGGAAGGCAAUGGCUUCAGCAAUGGAUACUUGGCCUACCACUUUCAGAAUGGCACACUGCCUAUGAAAUUUGGCAAGAUGAUCGCCGUGGGGGAUGAUCAGAAGGCCAUGGAACACGAGAUGGACGUACUGCGUGCACAGCUCGACAAGACUCAGGAGAUGGUCCGCCACCUGCAGGACAGAGAACACACAUGCCUCAACCAAUUAGCUGAGCUCCAGAUGCAGUUAAACUCCUUCAAUCCAAGCGUGCACAAUGCUGAGAGGGUGUCAAUGCUCGUUGCGCAUUAUCAACGCCUUUAUGAAGACGAUCGGCAAUUUGCUCUUGAGGCACUGGACAGUCUGGAGGCUUUAAAGGAAGUGCAUUCUCUUAAGGGGAAGAUACUCUUCUCUGUAAUUGUUCUUGCAUUUCGCUCCACCCAGCAAUGUCUGCAGGAACUUCGUGGCAAAGUUCGACACCUACUCAAGCUUCCAGCGCCUAGCAAUCACCUGGUAACCAUGGAGGACCCUAUUGCUAUGGUGAUGGAAGGUCACAUCGAGAACUACAUUUGCGAGGCAGCGCCAAGAUUUGAUGUUACUCAAUGUAUAGGGGAAGUUAGUUCACAGAUUCUGGCCACCUUGUACGACUACCCCUGCCUAAAGGAGUGCGAAGGGCUCAAAACCUACAUCGCAAGUUGUGUCAAGUGCUCCUGGGAUCUUAUUGUGCAAAGACCACCGUUUACCAUCGUGUAUGACUCUCGCGUGUUCAACAAUGAAAUUCACGUACGCAAUGAGGCCGCUGAUGUCCAGUCUGUGAUGAUACGCAACUUCAUGUGGCCUGCACUGCUGCAUGGUAGCAAUGGUCCCUGUGUGUUCAAAGGGAUUGUGGAGACCUAACAUAUAUACUGCCUCGGGUAAUGAGUUAUGGGGUUUGCUGAUAGGUUUUCACGUGUUUGACAAUACGAUAAAAAAUAAACCUUGGUCUGGCAAAACUGGGCUUAAUACGUGUGCGUAAACUGUCAUCCCAGAUUAGCCUGUUCAGAAUUCACAGUCUAAUAUAUAACGAUUUUUCCAAUCUGUGAUAUUGUUGCAGGUUCCUUACACAUGUAAAUACUUGUAAAUAAUUAUUUAAGGAUUUAAAUGACAGCAAAUUUUGGUUGAUAAUUUUUAUAGUAGCACUUGAAUACGUAGUUAAAUUGAUAAUCUUCCAAUUGUUUGACAAACAAACUUUUACGAACAGAAAUUAUUUAUUAAUAAUUAUAAGAGUUAUUUAUGUUCGUCUUCUCAUAAAAAAUACACUUUUCUAAUUCCAUACAGUGAUAAUGUAGGAGUUGCUACUGUUGAUAAAAAGAAUCGAGAAUGAAAGCUGGGAUUGCCAAAAGAGGCAUUAUAAUGUUCAAUGAAAAAAAUCAUGAUAACAAUAAAUUAUUUAUUUUAUUUGUUAUUUAAUAUUUCAAAGCUGUAGCAACUUAAUUUUAUAUGAGGAAAAAAAGUUCUGGCAGUAACUUUGCAAAAAGUGUGCUCAAUCGUGUCAUUUCACAUUUUUUGUAGAUGAACCAUUUUGGUGAUCUUCCUUUUUUGAAUUGAUCUUCAUUUUGUAUGUCAUAUGUUUGAGAAUCCAAGAUGGUGUUGUACUGCAUGCGUUUAGCUAUGAGUAAUAAUUACACACAGCUUAAUAUGUUAGAGUAACAUGUCAAUUCAUUUUAGUUUAUUAUUGCAAGCAUAUAUUUGAUCCCUUUGUUAGAAGGUUGUGUAAGUUAUUUCCCUCAAUUGUAUGUACAUUUCGUUAAAAACACCCCAAUGCAUGUCAGUUAGGUUUUCUGUCACCAUAUCGGCUAGUUGGGGUUUCCUUUGGUAGGUCUGUUUUCUCCCAUCGGCACAAGGCAACAACUAAAUUAAUUAUCUAUUAGUAGAAUAAUACAUAGCUGCAAUAGUCAACAAUCCGUAUGAUCAAUGGCCCCCAAGUCAACUAUCCAAAUGAUCAAUGGCCCCCUAGUCAACAAUCUAAAUGAUCAAUGGGCCCCAAAGUCAACAAUCCAAAUGAUCAUGGCCCCCGAGUCAACAAUCCAAAUGAUCAAUGGCCCCCGAGUCAACUAUCCAAAUGAUCAAUGGGCCCCCAAGUCAACUACCCAAAUGAUCAAUGGGCCCAAAAUCCAAAUGAUCAAGGGCCUCCUUGUCAACAAUUUAAAUGAUCAAUUGGCUUCCAAGUCAACAAUCCAAAUGAUCAAUGGCCCCCAAGUCAAGUAUCCAAAUGAUCAAUGGCCACCAAGUCAACAAUACAAACGAGCAAUGGCCCCCAAGUCAACAAUCCAUAUGAUCAAUGGCCCCCAAGUCAAGUAUCCAAAUGAUCAGUGGAGCCCAAGUCAACAAUCCAAAUGAUCAAUGGCCCCCAAGUCAACAAUCCAAAUGAUCAAUGGCCCCAAGUUAACAAUCCAAAUGACAAAUUGCCCCCAAGUCAACUAUCCAAAUGAUCAAUGGCCCCAAGACAACAAUCAAAAUGAUCAAUUGCCCCCAAGUCAACAAUCCAAAUGAUCAAUGGCCCUAAUGUUCACAAUCCAAAUGAUCAAUGGCCUCCAAUCAACAAUCCAAAUGGUCAAUGACCCCCAAAUCAACAAUCCAAAUGAUCAAUGAAGCCCAAGUCAACACUCCGAAUGAUCAAUGACACCCAAGUAACCAAUCCAAAUGAUCAAUGGCUGUCAGGUCAACAAUCCAAAUGAUCAAUAGAGCCCGAGUCAACAAUCCAAAUGAUCAAUGGCCCCAAAGUCAACAUUCCAAAUGAUCAGUGGAGCUCAAGUCAACUAUUCAAAAGAUCAAUGGCCCCCAAGUCAACAUUCCAAAUGAUCAAUGGCCCCCAAGUCAACAAUCCAAAUGAUCAAUGGCCCCCAAGUGAACAAUCUAAAUGAUCAAUGGCCCACAAGUCAACUAUUCAAAUGAUCAAUGGAGCCCAAGUCAACAAUCCAAAUGAUCAAUUCCCCAAAAGUCAACAAUCCAAAUGACAUAUUUGCCCCCAAGUCAACUAUCUAAAUGAUCAAUGGCCCCCAAGUCAACAAUUCAAAUGAUCAAUGGAGCCCCCAAGUCAACAAUCCAGAUGAUCAAUGACCCCCAAGUCAACAAUCCAAAUGAUCAAAUUGAUAAAAAUGAGCAAUAGACGUUAUAAAAUAAUAAGCUCCACAUAAGAAUCAUAAAACAGUUUGCAAAGCAAGAUGAUACUUAAGAAAUUUGAGAAAAACAAAAACAACACGCAAACAAAAUGGAUGCAUAAUCAAUAUGCAUGAAUACAUAUUUUUACCCUGCGUUAAUAUGAAUUGCGCAAGUAUAUGCGGAUUAUCUUGAGAUACAUGAAUAACAUAAUCGUCAUUGUUAUAUGAAUUUGCAGUUCGUAUGGAAAUAAAGGUGCUUUCCAUGGAGUUGUAGUGUGUGUUAACCAAUGUUGGUAAAAUUAGACAUAUAGGUUGGAAAGUCUUAAAAUAAAAUAAUUCAGGAAACUUAUUUAUUAAAUGUUUUCCACAAUCAGUUCACAUUAUUUUAUUUAAAAUGAAGGUCAUUACAUUUAUAUUUGUUGGAAUGUUAAAGUAUGGUAUUGCAUUUAGACUUUAAAUGUUUACAGUCAGCAUUUUUAUCUGCAUUUCGAGUUGUGGUUGUCCAACACAGAUCAUUUAUAUAUAGAUCUUUGUUUAUUGAUAUAUAUUUGGGUUGUAAGUUGUGUUUUUAUGCUCCCCGAAAUAAAUUUCGGCGGAGCAUAGUUGCCAGUUUGUCCUUCCUUCCUUCCUUACUUAGUUACUUCCUUCCUUCCGUCACACUUUUGCUACCAUUUCUCAUAGCGCGUUCAAUACUUAACCAAUUGCUUUCAUAGUUGACUUGUAGGUACCUUGCAUGGACCUCUACCUUUUGAUGAUGAGGUUUGAGGUCACUGGGGUCAAGGUCACUGAUGCUAAUAAUAGACUUCCUUCCGUCACACUUUUGCUACCGUUUCUCAUAGCGCCUUAAAUACUUUACCAAUCGCUUUCAUACUUGGCAUUAGGUACCUUGCAUGGACCUCUACCUUUUGAUGAGGUUUGAGGUCACUGGGGUCAAGGUCAAGGUCACCGAGGCUAAUAAUAGACUUCCUUCCGUCACACUUUUGCUACAGUUUCUCAUAGCGCUUUCAAUACUUAACCAAUCGCUAUCAUAUUUGGCAUGUAGGUACCUUGCAUGGACCUCUACCUUUUGAUGAGGUUUGAGGUCACUGGGUCAAGGUCACCGAGGCUAAUAAUUGAUUUUUUUAGGUGUUUAUUAACACAUACAUUGACAAAGCGCAUCAUAGGGACGCAUCCAUCAGUUUCACUGAUAUUCUUGUUUAUAACAUUUUCUGUUAACUAAUGACCUUAAAAUAAACUAUUGCAUCUUUA